AAACAGCUUCCGGGCGCAAACCUUGUUCCGCGCGUCCCUGGUAGGCAUAACCUUUCAGUAUUGCAUUCAAUUUGCGCCAGCGCCUGUUGUUGUGUCUGCGCAGCGGCACGCCUGGGCGGAACGGCCCGCAGCACAGCAGCAGGUAGCGCAGCAUAGGGCUCUGCUGGAUCCGUGUGAGGGUGCACCUUCCAGCUUCUCGGGAUCCCCACCAACCCGUAACCCGCCUGCAAACUUGACUGAUAGAACGCAACAAGCAGCAUGUGCUAUCGACGUCCCAAGUAGCAGCAGCAGUAGAAGCAGCGCGCCAGCUUGCAACUGUGUCUGCUGACAGUUGCCAGCAAGGCAAACGACUUGCGGCGUGGGGAGACGAAACGGCAGCCGACAGCCAGCAGCGGCGCGCAGUGGAACGGCAGGGACGCACACGCGCAUAGCGGAAUGCGGCGCAGUGUGUGCCACAGCAGUCACAAUCAUUCACAGCAGCUCGGGCCUACUUGUGGUGUGAGGAACGAGGGCCCGGCAGGCCCAGCAGGCAAGGGGAGCUGCCGCCGGCCCUCGUCUGACCACGACCUCCAAGCGAAGUAGAAGCGUGUUGGAAGUAAGGGGGCGGGAUGGAGGCGGAGUACAGCCACCCGGCUGCUGCUGCCGCCGCUGCAGCCGCAGCGGCGGCGGCAGCGGCGGCGGCGCCGGCGGAUGCUGCGGCGGAUGCAGGCUGGUGCCCCGGCGCUGAGCAGCAGCAGCUGCAGCAGCAGCAGCAGCAGCAGCAGCAGCAGCAGCAGCAGCAGCAGCAGCAGCAGCAGCAGCAGCAGCAGCAGCAGCAGCAGCAGGAGCCGGCAAUCGUAAUGACUGUGUCAGCGCCCGCCGCCCUGAACCUGCCCGGGCCGGGCCACCGCUUCGGCGGCAGCGCCGCCGCCCCCACCAGUCCACAGCAGCAGCAGCACGGCUUUCCUGGCUCCCACAAUCAGCCUCCGCCGGCGCCAUCGCAAAUGCCGCCAUCGGACAUGCAGCACCCAAUUGCAUGGGCACCGUACGCGGCAGCUGCUACUGCUGGCGGUGUCGGCUGGGCCGGUAGUGCGCAGCAACCGCCGGCCUCAGCCGGCCACAGCCCGCAUCCGUACGCCGCAUGGCACGCGCACGCACACGCGCACCAGCACCACCACCAGCAUCAGCGGCACCACCACCACCACCCGGACCAGCCGCAUCACUCGCUCCACCAACAGCUCGGCCCGCAGCCGCAGCCCCAGCCUUACGGCACCGGCGCAGUAGCAGCCACAGACAUGCGCGGCGUAGCCACCGCCAGUGGGUGGGGAGUCCCACCACAUCACCCCCAUCCCCACCAGCAGCCGCAGCCGCUGCCGGCUGCAGCGGGCAGCCCCAGCAGCACACGCAAGCGGCCGCUGUCCUCGGCUGCCACCCUCACAGAACGCGAGCUGACAGCGCUGGCGGCGGGGCCGGAUGGUCGUGCGGGCGGUGCAGAGGCGGCGGCGCCCCCAGGGGCACGGCAGCCGCCCUGCAGCGCAGGGCCCCCGGACGGCAGUACGGGCGUGGGCGCUGGCGGCGGCGUGGGCGUGGGCAUGGGUGGCGGCGGGGGUGCUGGCGGCAGGAGUGCCGUGCAGCGCCGCUACGGCCCGGCGGCGGCAGUAGCUGGGCGGCCGGCGGCGGGCGCGCAGCCGCUGCCGCCCCUGCCGCCGCCGCCGCAAGACGUCGCUGCAACGCUGACCGCCGCCGCUGCCGCAUGCGAGGCCGAGGCGGCAGCGCGGGCGCAGACGGCGGCAGCAGUGGCACCUGCGAGCGCCGCCGGUGGAGCAGCAGCUGCCGCCACGGUAACACCGGGCGUGGUGGCCGCGGCUGUGGCUUGGGAUGCUACAGCCGGCCUGGGCUCGGCUGCAGCAGCGCCGGCAGCAGCAGCACCCGACUCACACCUCAGCAGCCACACGCGCGCCGCCGCCACGGAUCAGGCGGUGGGUGCUGGUGGCAGUGUGGACGGCAGCGGUCCCCGAGCUGCUGCUGUCGCAGGUGCCGGUGGCGGUAGCGGUGGCGGGAGCGGCGGUGGCAGCGGUGGCAGCGGCGGCGGCGGUGGCCCCGGGAUGGCCACGGGCGCCUGGAGUGAGCGUGGUAGUGCGGAUGGGGGCGGGGAGUCGUGGAGUGUGACGCCGCUGCCGACAUCGCUGCCACCGCUGCUUAAGCCCCAAGAUGUCGGCUCUGGAAACACUGGCGAUGGUGGUGGCGGCGGCGGCACGACACUGACCACGUCAAUGGCAGCCGUCGCCGCCAAGGCAGCCGUAGCAGGGCAAGUGAUGCUACAGCCGCUGCCGCCGCUGCAUCCGCCGCCGGCUGCAGCGGCUACUGCCGUCGCCGCGACACCGUCGGAUGACAGCACGUCACACAGCAUGGCUCGGCUGAUGCAUGGCCGCCACAGCGCCGGCGGCGGUGCUGGCGGUGGCGGCGGCCGACGCCGCGGCAGCACCACAGGUGGCGGCGGCGCAGCCGGCGGCGGCGGCGAGUGGGGCCGUGGCCGUGGCACCGGCAGCACCGCCGCCACAUCCAUGCAGCUGCUGCACCUUGGGGAACCCAUUAAUGCCGGUGACGGCGGCGGCGGCGGCGCUGCAGGGGCGACGGCGGCGAUGGAACAUAGCCGUGGUAGCGCUGAAGGUGGUGGUGGUGGUGGUGGUGGUGGGUCGCAAACGGCUCCAUCUGCGCCAGCUCACACAGCGGCUGCGCACUGGCCACAGCAGCCGCCCAACAGCGAUGGCGCCGGCCGCCCACUGCCGCUGCCACAGCCGCUGCCGCUGACUCCACCGCCUGCCGCCGCCGCAUCACCCGCCACCCUGGCUUGGGCCGCCGCAGCGCACGCAGCCCUUGCCGCAUCAGCUGCCGACCCGCCGCCGCCGCCGCCGCCCCACCACCACCAGCUACCGCUGCAGGUGCCACAACAGCAGGUGCUACAGCCUCACCACCCUGGACUGCUACAGCCGCAGCAGUCCUGGUUCAUAUCCCCAGUGACGGCGGCGCCGCCGGGCCUGAGCGGCCGGUGCUUCUCUGACCUGUCCGCCUACGCCCACAUGCUGCCGACCUCGGCGGCAGUAGCACCGCCGCCACCGGCCCUGUCACCCUACAUGGCUCCCGCCCAGCAAUCAUACCACCAGCACCAGCACCAGCCUCAGCUGCAACCGUUACCGCUACAACAGCCGCCGCCGCCGCAGCCUCAGGGAUGGAUGGGCGGCUGGGGCAGUGGUGGCCCAGGUGGCGGCGUGCCAGCGGCCAGCCCCACGACGCAGCAAUGGUUGUCAUCACCCGCGGGCGCGCCAGCGAUGGCUGUAGCUUGGGGCGGCGGCGUCAGUAGCAGCGGCGGCGGGGGUGCUGGACCCACAGCGUUGCCGGGCUCGGGGCCGCCGGCUCCCCCGCACUCGGCACACGCGUGGCCUCAGCCGCCUCUGGUCCGUGUGCUGGUGGCAAGGACCAUCACGCCUGAGAGCACCUCGGUGGCCGCCCUGCGAAAGACCCAGUCCGACAUCGCCAUGCUACAGCACCGGGCCGCAAUGACAGCUGCUACUGCCGCGACUUCCGCUACUGCCACGGCCCUGGCAGCAGGGGCUGCAGGCGCAGGCGGCGGUGGCGGCAGUAGCACCAGCGGUGGCGGUGCCGGCGGCCUGAGGCCACAGCUGCUACAGCCGGGCCAGCAGCUACAACAGCCCUACCACCAAUCCUACCCGCAGCAUUACCAGCAGCAGCACCAGUAUCAGCACGCCGGCGGCAGAUGGCACUCGACGGCGCUGCACGGCGGCGGUAUUGCACCGCCGCAGGAGCUACAGCCGCAGCUGAUGAAGCAGCGGUCGCAGUCGCACAGGGAGCUGGGAGGUGCUACAGCCGUGGCGGCGCCACCGGCCUCACCGCCGCUGACGCCCAUGUCCACGUGUACCAAUCUGGAUGCACGUGACAGCGACCCUACUGCCUCCGGCAGCCGCCACGUCGCCGGCGGCGCAGUAGCAAUCACCGCGGUGGCGGGCACAGCUGCUAUCGCCGCCGCCGCGGCUGCAGCGGCGGCGCCAGGGACGGCAGGCGCCCAGCAGCUGCUACAGCCCUGGCCGUACAGCUUUGCGGUGGAUGCUGUGGCGGCGGCGGCGCCGCCGCUGCCUGACGCUGCGCCACGUGCGGCGCCCGUGCCGUACCCACUCACUUUCGCGCCGCUCACCCGGAGCCACCAGCUACCUUCAGCAGCAGCGGAAGCAGCAGCAGGGGCUGCAGCUGCCGUUGCCGCUGCUACUGCUAACGCGCGCCAGGCGGCUGGGCAGCCUGACACCGACGCAGCGGCUAUGGCUGUAGCAGAGGCACAGCACUACUGCCAUCGUGCCGGCGGCAGCCUCACUGGCAGCUGUAGCAACUUCCUGCCGCUGGCGCCGCCGCCGUCUCAGGCCUCGGCCGAGGCCGCCGCCGGCAGUAGCGGAGACGCCGAGAUUGGCCUUCCCGGCGGCCCCGCGGGUUUGCUACUGCCGCCGCCGCCUGCUGUGGCGGCUGUAACACCGCCCGAUGACGCAGACUUUGCCACAUUGGAUUUCGAGAUCAAUCGCCGCGCCAGCAACAACACUGACAGCAGCGGGCUCCUGGAUCCAAUCCUGGCCAUGCUACUGCGGAGCAGCGGCGGCGGCGGCCGAGACAGCGAUGGCGGCGCGGCGGCGGGCAGCACUGCUGGCGGUGACAUCAACAUAGCUGCUCGUGAUGGCGGCGGCGGCGGCGGCGGCGAAGGAGGAGGAGGAGCACAGGAGGCUACGGGCGCGGGUGGAGGCGCCCGCCCGCGCAGUGGCAGUAGCAGCCUGCGCCGGCAACUGCGGCAGGGCAUCGGCGGCGGCGGCGGCGACAUGGCGGCGGCUGUAGCCCACGUCGUACGCCGCCUGUCCGGCCGCCACACGCCGCUACUGCCGGUCGAGUCCCCAGACAUAUUCUCAUCAUGGGCGGCAGCGGAGGCUUUCGCUGCCGCAUGUGCGGCGCGCAGUGGCAGCGGCGGCGGCGCUGCCGGCGCCGGCGCUGAUUCCGCCGGUGGCACCGCCCUCGCCGCCGGCGCUACUGCCGGUCUGCCCUUUGGUGCCAUUGGCAGCACCGCGGUCCUGCACUCCAGCACGGCAGCCGCCGCCACCGCGGCGGCGCUGGGUGCGCACACGGGCCGUGUCCCCGUGGCGGCGGUGGGACGCCGCGCCAGCGUCGACGCACGUGGUAACAGCCUGGGCAGCCUGUUCAGGAGCAGUGGCGGCGGCAGUGGCAGCAAUGGCGGCAGUGGCAGCGGCGGUGGCGGUGGCUCCGGCGGCGGCGCUGGCGGCGGCGCCGCCAGCAGGCCCCUGUUCAGGCCGUACACGCCGGUUUCGGUUAGCGGCGGCGGCGGCGGCGGCGGACUCAGUGUGAUGGCGGAUAUGCUGUCGACGCCGUUGCUGGCGUCACUGGAUGAAUUCCUAGCGGGCACGCCUCCGCCGCCGCUGCAGCUUCAGGCCGACACGGCUGGCACCGCCGGCGGCUCUGGCGGCAGCGGCGCCGUUGAGCCUCAUGGAAUAAGCCCUGCUACAGCCGGUCUGGAUGCUGCUGGUCAUCGGGGCGGCGUAGCUGCACCCGCCUACGCUGCACAGGGGACCGCAGUAGCAGCAGCCCCUGCUCCCGAGCCUGCUGACACGGACCCGCUAGUAGCAGCUGCAACUGCUACAGCUGCCGCGGCAGCGCCGCCGCCGCAGCUGCCGCCAUGGCUCUCAGCCACUGACGGCGCCACCGCCUCCGCCGCCGGUGUCGACAGCGCAACGCUGGCGGCGCUGACGGCACUGUUCGAACACAGCAUGGAUCCGGCGGCGGCUGCUACAGCCCUGGAGGAGCUGUCCAGCCUUGUGCCGUCGGCGGUGGCGGCCGCGGCCGCGGCAGUAGCAGCCGCGGCCUCGGCAGUAGUGCCGGCGGCGGCGGCGGGGCCUGGGCCGGCGGCGGGGCAGCCAGAAACACUGGCGGCACCAAUGCCGCCUGCUGUGCAGGCGCCGCCAGCGGCAAUGGAGCAACAUCUCCAGCAGCGCGCAAGGUCGCAGAGCGGCGCGGGUAGCACACCGCAGCACCAGCACCAUUAUCAGCACCAUCGGCAGGCACAGCCGCCGCCGCACGCGCCAGCGGCGCCGCCGAUCCACGUGGGGACGGCGACGCACCCCCUGCCACCGCUGCCCACCCACCAGCCCUUCCACCACCAGCACCACCACCAGCAUCAACACCACGACAGCGCUCACGACAGGCCAUUACCGCCGCCCCAGCAGCAGACCCUGCAGCCGCAACAGCCACAACAUCAGCAACAGCAUCCGCCGCCGCCACCACAACAACAGCAGCAGCAGCAGCCACACCCCCACCCAGCCUACCACCCUCACCCUCACCAACACCCACACCAGUCGGCGGCUGCGGCGGCGGAAGGACAGCCCUACCACUUGCCCGUGCCGGCGCCGGCAGGGAUCGAGCAGCAGCCGCACACGCACCACCACUACCCCCAACCACAUCCGCAACACGGCCAGCCGCAGCACCAGCACCAGCACUACCACCAACACCAACAUCAACAUCACCAGCAGUACCCAGUCGCAGCAGCAUCGCAGGGCGCAGCGCCGCCGCCGCCCGCCCAUCACAGCCCCCACCCACAACAGCCGCCGCCGUACCCGUACCCCUACGCACACCAGCCGCCUCCCUCGGGCGGCUGGGCUAGAGCGAGCCGCGGAGCGUCCAUGACUCAUGACGCGUCCAUGACACAUGACGCGUCCAUGACUCAUGCCGGGGCGUCGGGGCUGGUGCCCUCGUUCCAGCAGCUCCUGGCUGACGACGCUGGCGGCGACGACGGCGGCACCGGUGGCGGCGGCGGCGGACCGCAGUACGGCUAUCAACACCACCAGCACCACCAGCACCCAGUGACAGCGAUGGCGACCGAUGCUGCGGCCGCUUUAUGGGCGGCGGCGGCGGCGAUGGCGACAGCCGCGGCGGCGGCGGCGGAUGCUGCAGGGGCCGGCGGCGCUGCUGGUGGCGGCGGCGCCGACGUCAGCUCGGCUGCUGAAGCUCAGGCCAAGGCCGCGUACGAGUGGCAGCAGUACCAGCUGCAACUGGAGCAGUACCACCAGCAGCAACAGCAAUACGAGCAGUACCAGCAACAGCAGCGGCAGUACGAAUUGUACCAACAACAGCAACAGCAGCAACAGCAGCAACAACAGCAGCAAUACGGACAGUACGGUAACGCCGCGGCGACGGCGGCGGCAACGGAGCAUCCGCCGCGGGAAGGCGGCGACCACCAACCGCCGCCGCCGCCAGGCUAUGAACCUUACUCAUCGGCGCCGUACGGCGAUCCAAACCUGUACAGUAUUGCCAACGCCCAAGACCCCAGCUCUCAGCCGCCGCCGCUGGAGUCGCGGCCCACGGCGGCGGCAGCGGCGUCGGCUCCUCCGCCACCACACGCCGCUGCCGGCUUCGCCGCCGCCAGCAACUCCCUUGCCGCCGCUACUGCCUCCGCCAGUGGUCUGGGCAUCGCCGGUAACCUCAGUGGCGGCGGCGCCACCGCCGGCGCCGCCGGACCCGGCGGCGGGCGGCCCGGCGCAAUGAACUGGACGUCGCUCCAAGGCCGAGUAGCCGCCGGCGCUCUUGCGUACGGCACGUCGGUGGCGGCGCCGUCACGCAUGAUCAACGGCCGCGGCCUUGGGUUCAAAGCGUCAACAACAGCGGCGGCGGUGGCAGCGGCGCCGGGGCAUGGAGGUGUCGGCGGCGGCGGCGGUGGUGGCAGUGGGGCUGGAGGCAGUGGUGGUGGCGCCGGCGGGGGUGCUGCGGCUGGCGCGGGUGUGAGUGGAGGCGGCGGGGCAGGAGCUGGGGCAGGUGCAGGGGCUGGAGCUGGUGUGACGUCCAGUGCGGUGACGGGUUCGGGAGCGGGAGGCGGAGCGGGAGGCGGUGGAGGCGGUGGCUCGGGCCCCGGCAGCAAGAAGGGCCGUGAAAACCUGCCCAAGAACGCCGUCACGGCUCUGAAGCAGUGGGUGUACGCACACAUCGUGCACCCCUACCCCAGCGAGGACGAGAAGGAGGUGUUGUGCGCGCACACGGGGCUGGACCUGCUGCAGCUGAACAACUGGUUCAUCAACGCGCGGGUGCGCAUCUGGAAGCCGCUCAUCACGCAGGUGUUCAACAGCAACCACCCGCGCAUGGCGGCAGAGGCCCAGGCCCGCGGCGACGGCGAGCUGCUGACCAAGAUGCAGGCGGCGCGCAACAGCCCCACCGCGCAGCUGGCGCUGGUGGCGGCGGACGCCUCGGCGCUGCAGAACCUGGAGCAGGCGGCUCAAAAGGCGUCUGAAGACCUGGCGGCGGCGGCACAGGCGGCGGCGGCCGGCGGCGCCAAGCGGGGCUCGGGCGGCACAGGCGCCAAGCGCAGCAAAGCCUCCGGCGCGCUCGCUGGUGCGGGCCCGGCAGGAGGUGAGGGGUCGGCUGCGGAGGCGGCGGCGGGAGCCGGCCCAGGCGCGCGUAGCCGUGCUGGAGGCGGCGGCGGCGGUCGCUCCAGAGGCACGGGCGGUGGCCUCGGGGAACAGGACCAGUACCAGCAGCAGUACCAGCAGCACCAGCAGCAGCAUCAGCAUCAGCAGCACCAGCAGCAGCAGGGAGCUGAUUUUGGAGCUGCGGAGUUUCUCGGCGACGGCGGUGCCGCGCUUGCCGAGUACAUGGCUACCUAUGGCCAUUUGGCGGGCGACUUUGCGGCUGCGAUGGCAUCCUUUGCGGCAGCAGGGGCCGGGGUGAUGGACCCACAUGCCGCCGCGGCCGCUGCUGCGGUGGCGGCGGCGGCGGGCGCUGCCGGUGGGGCCCCGGGCGAGGGUGGCGGCGGCGGUGGCGCGUACGGCGACAGCGGAACGGACGACCCGCUGGGGUAUUACUGAGGGGAUUCUUAUUGUUUAGAAUGCUUUAUGGUUGACUGAAGGUGGCGAUGUUGUUUUGUGCGACUGUGACUCCAGAGGAGGGCGAGAAUGUGAGGGGUAUUGGCGUGUUGCCGGGGUGCCUUGGUGGCCCCAGCACGCUUCCAGAGCAAAUGGAGGUGGACCAGCUUUUGUAUUCUUUGAGCGCAGGACGCGCUGCAUUCAGCGUGGUUAUCUCCCAUAUCUGGCACUUCAUACGGAUUUUGUGACGUGGUCGUGUCUGCUGUGUGCGGGGGUAAAGAGAUGGACGGAGGCGACGGGCGGGGGAGUCGGAGGGGGAUUUGGCCAGGAUUGGCCGGUGGGCGCAGCACACUGCGAUCAUUCCUAUUAACAAGCGCCUUCUCAACGAGUGGUUACAGAUAAACACUGAUGUUCUGAAGGCACUGAACCCGCUGCCCUGCAACCAAACGGGUUGGACGUCACUUUGACAGCUGCUAAUCUGCUAUCACUGCAGGCACCACAGCGUUGGCACA